GGAUUCGGUUGCUGUCUAAAUUUCUGUCAGCUUCACCUGAGGAGGGAGCUAGAGAGAUUCCCACACUUUUUUCUUCCUUGAGCUUAACCAACCAACAAUGGCUGCAAGAUCUCCUCCUCAAGCGCCACAUGGCCCACAUGAAAACCAAUCCACCGAUCUCCCUGAAGUCCUAGUCCUGAAACCACCACCUGUCCUCAACUAUUUCGGGGACGAUUUCUCGAAAAAGUUCCGAUUUCUCAAAGCGACGGAGUCUCCACUCCCUAUAGACCAAUUCUUGGCCACCCAUGCACGCUCAGUCCGGGCCGUGCUAUGCUCCGGCACCGGCCCUCGCAUCAACGCUGAAAUUCUACGGCUGGUCCCGUCGCUCGAGCUCAUUGUCACCACCAGCGCCGGCCUCAACCACAUCGACUUGGCCGAGUGCCGGAAGCUUGGAAUCCUUGUAGCCAAUGCUGGAGAUGUGUUCUCCGAGGAUGUUGCGGACAUGGCGGUGGGGCUGUUGAUUGAUGUGCUGAGGAAGGUUUCGGCUGCUGAUCGGUAUGUGAGGCAAGGCCUUUGGGCUGCUAAGGGGGACUACCCACUUGGGUCUAAGUUAGGAGGCAAGCGAAUUGGGAUUGUUGGAUUGGGAAGAAUUGGCUCCCAAGUGGCAAAAAGGCUUGAGGCCUUUGGUUGCAGCAUCUCAUACAACUCGAGGAAGAGGAAGGAAUUUGUGUCAUACCCUUUCUAUGCAAAUGUCUGUGAACUUGCAGCUAAUAGCGAUGCCCUUAUUAUAUGUUGUGGAUUGACUGAGCAAACCCGGCACAUGAUUAAUCGGGAAGUGUUAUUGGCAUUGGGGAAGGAAGGAGUCAUUGUCAAUAUUGGACGUGGACCUAUUAUUCAUGAGAAGGAAAUGGUGCAGUGUUUGGCGGUAGGAGAGAUUGGAGGUGCCGGCUUGGAUGUGUUUGAGAAUGAGCCUAAUGUUCCUAAAGAGCUCUUUGCAUUAGACAAUGUUGUCAUGGCGCCGCACAUGGCUGUCUUUACGCCAGAAUCUUUUCAGGCUUUGCGUGAUAUAAUGAUUGAAAAUUUGGAAGCUUUCUUUUCAAACAAACCUUUGCUCUCUCCAGUCAUGGAGGAAUGAGUAAUGGAUUUAAUUUGCAGGAUAUUGGGAUUGGUGUACUGAAUUAAGAAGUCAAUGUUUAAGAAAAAGAUUAUGAGCUAUUGUAUUUCUAAGAUUAGGAGCAUGCAGUACAAGUUCUGGUCGUGUUUAAUAGGCGAAUGAAGUACUGAGGAAAACUGCUCUUAGAUAUUAGCUAUAUAUUACAAUUCAGCAAGGGUUCACAAACUGCACAAUUAGCAGUGUGCCUCCAUAAAAAAUUAUUCGAACAGAGUAGCUGGGCUAUAGAAGAUGUUUUACAACGAAGUGUUUCCAGCAAUGGGGAAGGAAUGAAGCCUAGUCAACUCGGUAUUUUGGGCUAUAUCUGUCGAGAAGGAAUUUGUUUGGUGUUUUGUGCAAUGAGAGAUUGGAAUUGCUGGUUUGGGUGUUGUGCUGUCUCCAAAGAGCUGUCUUUUAUGGCGGAAUGUUUCAAGGCUCUGUAUGAACUCGUGAUUCAGAAUUCCAAGGCUUUCUUCUCAAAUAAACCCGUACUUUCUCCAUUUGUGGAAUCCCAUUUGUGGAAUCCAGUUUCUUCUGCAUAAUCCGCAUGUUUCAAUUGUUUAUCUCAUUACACAAGCUCUGGUCAUAAGCUACUUUGGUAGGCUCUUCCAAUCUUAUUUGUUUCUGUAGAGUGGCAAAUUUAGCGUGUGCUACUUCUAGCAAACUGUUUAAAUUAUUUUUAAUAUUUUUCAUUUUGGUAGUACUAUGUGUAAGAUUUUACUACUAGAUAGUAAAUGCUACGGCUAUCUUACCACCAUAUGGUGGAGGCUGUUCUAUUUAUAAGAAUAUUUAUUACAUGCGCUUA